AUGUAAUUUUUUACACCUAAAUUCUCCUUUGUGGUGCACAAAACCUUCAAACAAAAGUUGUUGGCUAGAAAGGAAAAGAGACGUUUCAGAGGAUUAAAUGUUUAUGUCCCUGAGUUUACAGGAGAAGGGUCUAUUCAUCCUUGGCUGGAUGCAAAGAGAAUAAAAUUGUUCACCAAAUUCUACGAAGAUCAUCGCAAUAAACAUCGUUUCACAUUCAAACUCUCCCCAGAUGAUAAAAAGAAACUCAAUGAUGUUAUGCUAAACUAUGCAGAAUUACACUAUUUGAGAAUGCUCUAAGAAAAAUAUUGGCUUGGUAAACAUGCUGAAUUCAUGACGACUGUGCAAAAGGAAGUGAACAAUUUACCAUACAUCUUGAAAAGUGAAUUGGAUAGAAAAUUAAGUGAAAAGGAAAUGGAAUACUAUGAUCGUCCACAACUUGAUGCUGACUCUAUUUAUUUCGAGUAGCGUCUACGUACCAUGCCAGACGAAGAGGCAACAAACUUUGAGUUAGCCCAAAGACUGUUCAGGAUAGCACAAGAUAAACUUGCUUAGAAUGAGUGAUUAAUAUAUACAGGCAGUUAAUUAUAUUUUGAAAA